AUGGAUGAAGGACCGAAGAAUGAGUUGUUCCUCUUUUAUGGGAAAGGACGCCCAGGAAUUGUUAGAGGAAUGGACUUGAAUACCAAGAUAGCUGAUGAGUACAUGAUCCCCAUAGAAAAUCUGGUAAACCCUCGUGCUUUAGAUUUCCACGCAGAAACCAAUUAUAUCUACUUUGCUGACACCACCAGUUUCUUAAUUGGCCGGCAGAAGAUAGAUGGAACAGAGCGAGAAACCAUUCUGAAAGAUGUUACCUUUGGUGAACCAAAGCUUUUAGAUCCUUCCAGUGGUGGUCGGAUGCUACCUUGUGAUCUGGAUAAUGUGGAGGGCAUUGCUGUGGACUGGCUCGGAAAUAACCUGUACUGGACAAAUGAUGGCCAUAGGAAAACCAUUAAUGUGGCCAGGUUGGAAAAGGCUUCUCAGAGUCGGAAGACUCUUUUAGAGGGAGAAAUGUCCCACCCCAGAGGAAUUGUGGUGGAUCCAGUUAAUGGAAACAGAAAAGUGGGAAUUGAGAAAAGAGACACUGAAAGAAUAGGACUGGAAGGCCUCAACAAUGGUCCAAAUGGGAAUAAAGCUGGAGGAGACAUAGAUUAUGAUGGCACUGUUCCUCGAGCUGAUAAUUGGAUGUAUUGGACAGACUGGGAGGAAGAUGAAAUAGAUGACAGCGUGGGAAGGAUCGAGAAGGCCUGGAUGGAUGGCUUCAAUCGGCAGAUUUUUGUGACUUCAAAGAUGCUGUGGCCAAAUGGUUUAACUCUGGACUUUCACACCAACACAUUAUACUGGUGUGAUGCCUAUUAUGAUCAUAUUGAAAAAGUGUUUUUGAAUGGAACUCAUAGGAAGAUUGUUUACAGUGGGAAAGAAUUGAACCAUCCCUUUGGACUAUCACAUCAUGGGAAUUAUGUGUUCUGGACUGAUUAUAUGAAUGGUUCCAUUUUUCAACUUGAUUUGAUAACGAGUGAAGUGACAUUAUUGAGGCAUGAAAGACCACCCCUGUUUGGGCUUCAGAUUUAUGAUCCACGAAAGCAACAAGGUGACAAUAUGUGUCGAGUAAAUAAUGGGGGCUGUAGUACACUUUGUUUGGCCAUUCCAGGGGGCCGGGUGUGUGCUUGUGCUGAUAAUCAACUUUUGGAUGAAAAUGGGACAACUUGCACAUUUAUUCCUGGAGAAGUAUUAUCUCACAUAUGUAAAGCUGGAGAAUUUCGCUGCAAAAACAGACACUGUAUCCAAGCUCGGUGGAAAUGUGAUGGUGAUGAUGACUGCCUUGACGGAAGUGAUGAAGAUUCAGUAAAUUGCUUCAAUCAUAGCUGUCCUGAUGAUCAGUUUAAAUGCCAGAAUAAUCGCUGCAUCCCCAAGAGAUGGCUUUGUGAUGGAGCUAAUGAUUGUGGAAGCAAUGAAGAUGAAUCCAGUCAAACUUGUGCAGAAUUUCCAACUUGUGAGCCACUAACUCAAUUUAUAUGCAAAAGUGGAAGAUGCAUUAGCAGCAAAUGGCACUGUGACUCUGAUGACGACUGCGGGGAUGGGAGUGAUGAGGCUGGCUGUGUUCUGUCUUGCUUUGAUAAUCAGUUCAGAUGUUCCAGUGGCAGAUGUAUCCCAGGCCAUUGGGCCUGUGAUGGUGACAAUGACUGUGGAGACUUCAGUGAUGAAACCCAAAUCAAUUGUACCAAAGAAGAGAUUCGUUCUCCUGCUGGUUGUGAUGGGAAUGAAUUUCAGUGCCACCCUGAUGGAAACUGCAUUCCUGAUCUGUGGCGCUGUGAUGGGGAAAAAGAUUGUGAAGACGGUAGUGAUGAAAAGGGCUGCAAUGGUACCAUACGAUUGUGUGAUCACAAAACCAAGUUUUCCUGCCGGACUACAGGGAGAUGCAUCAACAAAGCAUGGGUAUGUGAUGGUGAUAUUGACUGCGAAGAUCAAUCAGAUGAAGACAACUGUGACAGUUUCUUGUGUGGACCACCCAAGUACCCUUGUGCUAAUGAUACUUCAGUCUGCCUGCAGCCAGAGAAACUCUGCAAUGGGCAAAGGGAUUGUCCUGAUGGCUCUGAUGAAGGCGAUCUCUGUGAUGAAUGUUCACUGAACAAUGGAGGCUGUAGCAACCACUGUUCUGUUGUUCCUGGAAGAGGAAUUGUCUGUUCCUGCCCUGAAGGACUUCAGCUCAACAGAGACAAUAAAACGUGUGAAAUUGUGGAUUAUUGCAGCAAUCAUAUGAAGUGCAGUCAAGUGUGUGAGCAGCAUAAACACACAGUCAAGUGCUCGUGUUAUGAAGGUUGGAAGCUGGAUGUGGACGGUGAAAGUUGCACAAGUGUUG